AUGGCCGAAGCUUCGGAGAAGCACAUUGGGUCACCCGCGGAAUCCAGGCCAGCUGAGUCGUCAACUACUCGAGCAUUCCUCGGCUCUAUUGAUGCACCAUCUAUGUCAGUAGGUGCGGUGCAAGACGGACCUCUCGAGGCUGAUGAGGCUGAAACGGGCAAUGAUGCACCAUCAAUCGACGACCGCAUCUCAAGCUACACCUCUUCCUUGACAUCAAGUGUAAUCGACUAUCCAAUGGAAUAUGGACGGCGAUAUCAUGCGUUCAGGUCAGGAUCUUACGUUCUCCCCAACGAUGAGACAGAGUCAGACCGACUCGACAUGGCACAUGCGCUCAUUACAAGAGUGAUUGGCAAUAAGCUCUACCUGGCGCCUGUAGAGACGCCCCAGGUUCAUCGAAUCCUUGAUAUCGGUACUGGAACAGGAAUCUGGGCUAUCGAAGCAAGUGACUUUUUUCCGAAUGCAGAGAUCAUUGGCAACGAUCUGAGUGCGAUCCAACCACUGUGGGUCCCGCCAAAUGUCAAGUUCGAGAUAGAUGAUGUUGAGAGCCCAUGGGUCGGCCCAAAGUACGACUACAUCAUGUGCAGGUACAUGGCGGCCUCAAUUGGCGACUGGCCAAGUUUAGUCACAAACAUUUAUGACAACCUCAACCCCGGGGGCUGGGCCGAGUUCCAGGACAUGAGCGUCGAAUACUAUUCCGACGACGGUUCAUACAAGCCUGAACAUUUCACAUACAAGUGGAACCACACCUUCGUUCAGACGCUGAAGGCUAUUGGACGAGACCCGGCCCCAGGCCCUCAGCUCGAAGGCUGGGUGAGGGGACACGGAGGAUUCAACAACGUCGCCCAUCAGAAAUUCAAGGUCCCUAUCGGGCCUUGGGCAAAGAAGCGGCAUUACAAGGACAUAGGGCUUCUUAAUUUGGCGCAAGUUUUGGAAGGUCUAGAAGGAUUCUCCCUGAAACUAUUCUGUGGAGUCCUCGGGAAGUCAAAUGAGGAGGUACAGUCGCUCCUUGCAGGUGUUCGCAACGAGUUGAAAACAAACGCUUUCCAUGCCUUGUUCGAUAUUCAUGUUGUCUUUGGGCAAAAGCCUUUCACCAAAGAAUGA